ACGAGCUCGCUGGUACAAAUUGCGUUGCUUCUUUGCCGUUAGUCUCAUUCCGCUUGUAGCUAUCCGUCACCUACGUGGAACACGCACUCGAGGCCCACGUCCGGACUGGUGAACACGCAAAACCGUUUGAGAAAAUCGUAUAGUCGUUUAACAGAAACGAUGCGUCUGUUCUUGCUGACAAUAACAUUAAUGAUGUUGACUGUGGUCGCAUCAUAUUCGAUUUUCGACACCAAUGAAAACGAAUACAAACACAAAAACAAAGCCAAAGGAAGAGCCAUCAGAGGUUUCUUAAACAGGGACUUGUCCACGGCUAGAGGUUUUGGCAAACGGAACGACAACUUACUGGAAAACUUUUCUCCCGCUGACCUUCCAAGGAUUUUCAACGAAGACACCAUCAAACAGAACAUUCCGAUUGAGUGGAUUUCAAAGAAAAUGUCAAACGAUCAGAAUUUAGCGAGAGUGUUUAUGGAAAAUUUCGUCGACACAAACCACGACGGUCAUAUAUCUGUGGAAGAACUGUUGCAGCCGUUGAAUGGCGGUGAACAGUAAAAUUAUGAUUUAUUUAUUUAUUGAUGUUAUUUAAACUUUAAAGUCAGAUCCAUAACUACUAAUAAAAAUUGUAUAUUUCUUCAGAAUGUUUACAAAAAAAAAAAUAAUAAUAAUAAUACAUGUACACAAUUAUCUUG